CUGUUCUAUUCAUACUUUAAAACCCUAAUGGGCAAGCAGGUGACGGUUGAGCUGAAAAACGACCUUGCAAUCACUGGACUACUGCGAUCGGUUGACCAGUAUUUAAACAUUAAGUUGCAAGAAACUGUAGUUGUCGAUGAAGCGCGAUAUCCGCACAUGAGCUCAGUUCGCAGUUGUUUUAUUCGUGGUUCUGUCGUACGCUACGUGCAGCUGCCUCCAGACGCAGUUGAUGUGGACAUACUGCACGAUGCAACAAGACGAGAUGCCCGCGGUGCUUGA